AUAAUUUUUAUAAAUAACUUUUAAAUUAAAUAUUUUCUUAUUUUGUUUUUAAACAAAUUUUUUAUAUUCUCUGGAAUUAAAUAGAAAUCGACGGAAAAAAACAAAAGAAAAUCAAACAUCACAACAUACAUAUAGUAUACACAUAUCUCUCUUAUUUGUAUGUGUAAACCAUACUGUCCAAGACAACGAUACUUCGUGACAACGAUUCUCAAGUUUUGUACCUAAAAUCAUAAGUGAAAAAAUUUGAAAUUCUCAUCUAGAAUUUAUUGCUUAAAAAUUUACAUGUAACUAUUAAUUCUUAGUUACAUCCUUCAUCAAUUGUAAUCCUAAAAUGCAUUAAAAAUGAAAUAUUUUAGUUGGAUUUUCAUCGAUUCUAACCUUAAAAUUAAACAUCAACAUUAUAUUAUCGAAUAAUGUUUAUUUAAGUUAUUAGGAAAUAAGAUUAUAAAUAAUGAUUCGAAAUGUUUUAGUUGAAGCAUUAUUUGCAUUUAAAAAGUUUAAUAAUUUCGGAAUUACCGGUAAAAAUUUUGUGAUUUUAAGUACUUUCAGGUUAUCUUCGAAAAAUCCAUUCAGAGCAGCGACUGAAUCAAUUUCAGAAAAUCUUAUUCCAAAUGUAUUAAUAAAAGAUUGUAUGAGUAUUUUACAAAAAGCAUCUGAUUUUCAUAAGGAAACAAAUAAUACAUUUCUACACGAACUUCACGAUUCAAAAAAUUUUCAAACAUUAUGCAACGUGCUAAGCAGUAGAGAAACACUACCAUCAUGCAAUGAAGCUGUUCAAAUUUUAGUUUUUAUGUGUAAUUUAGAAAUGGGAAAAGUUAAUCCUCAAUUUAUUUUGACAUUAUGGCAACAAUGGAUUGAUGAGAAGAAUAUUCCAUUUUUAACAUUUUAUGAGAAUUAUGUGUUAUUGAUGCUUGUCUUGAAUCGUUUGCCCUACACAAAUUGGGUGGAAGAGCAAAAAAAAUUGCUAAUUAAAGAAUUAGAGAAAAAAUUAGUACUGACUGACAUUAAUAAUUUGCCACAUAAUGAAAUAGAAGCUAUUGUUCGUUUAAAUGAGCAGAUUGAAAUUUUUGAUGGUAGAAUCGAUGACAAUGUACUGAAAUUGCUUCUUAAUAAGGAAUUAAAAAAAGAUUCUGUUGAUUGGACAUGGGUUUUCUAUCUUCUUUCUUUAGUAAAUGAUAUGCAUUUGGAAUUUAAUUCUAUUUUGAACGAGUGUCAUAAAAAUUUACUAUUAAAUAUUAUGAAUUACCGAAAAAAUCAAGUGUGGAAAAUUUUGACUAUUAUGAGGAGGGCAGUUUUGUAUCGAAGAUUAUACAAAUUCUACAAUGCUAAACUAUUGGAUACAAUUGUUGAUAAAGCCAUCUAUGAAAAUUACAAAAUUAAUGAAGGAAGUAAACUUAUACUACUUUUAUCGAACUUGGGUCAUAAACAUGAAUCCUAUGUAAAUUAUCUAAUAAAAAAAACGGAAAAUUCGAGUAUGAGUAAUAAACAACUUACAUAUUAUCGUCUAUUUUCCUAUGCCGUUCAUGUUAAUUGUGAUUCAUCUUGUAACAUUCUUAUGGAUAAAUUAUUGAGUCAGAAGAAUUUUAUUUUAUCAUCGGAGACUAAUGAUAGAUUGAUAAAAUUCACUUAUCGUAUGAUAUUAUUGGAGCACUACGAUGAAGAUUUAAUAAAAGCCACAUUGAUGGACAGUCAUUAUGAUACAAAAUUUAAGGAGCAAAAGGGUUCUUUUGUUUUUGCAAUGGUGAAACAUUUUCAUCCAAUGCCACAACUAUUUCAAUCGCUUGAGGAUGAAAAGUCGUGCACGUUCAUCCUUGAGGAAAAAAAGAAGAUAAACCGGCAAACCAAUAGGAUCAUAGAUAUAUAUACAAAAUAUAAAGAGAAAAAUAUCUUCACUUAUCCACUACGAUCAAAAUUGGAAUUAUUAUUAGGUGGUCCUCAAUAUUUACUAACAAAAGUUAUAACUAAAUAUGACCAAUAUGCAGAUCAUUUUUUACUUUUACGUCAAGGUGGUUACCCGGUGGCUUUUAACACAGUAUUAUUGGAGAAAGAGGUUAAUACCAUGAAGCAAGUACCAGUUCCAAACAAUUGUCACUUAGUAGUCAUUAUAUUAAUAAGGCAACAGGCUCAUAUAUUGAAUACAGGAGAGAUUAAAAGAUAUUAUCAAAUGUUUAUAAAAUUACAAAGAGCAAUAAGCAAGAAUACCGUUGUUAUUUAUGAAAAAGACUGGAACAAUGUGCCUGAACCGAAGAAACUUUGUUGGCUUAUGGACCAAAUUAAAAAAGAAUGUCAUUCAAUUUUUGAAAAACCAUUAUAAAGUUAAUUCUAUUCAAGUAAUAUAUUUAUAUAUUAUGUAAAAAAGAAGCGUGAUAGUUAAAAUCACGUGUUUGUAAGAAAUGUAAAUAAUUU